UCUCCAUGCUCAAAUUGUUAUAAUUUUAUAACGUGAAGUUAGCAGUAGAGCGAUCGGAGUAUCAAACGUGAUUUGUCGAACUCACCUAAAUCUACCAUUUGACAUUUCCUCUGACAUAAACAUGUUUAUAUAAAUACAUGUGAGAUAACCUAACUUUUUAAAUAAAUUUUCGAUUUUUGUAAUAAUUUAAGGAAAUAUAAAAGUGAACUAUUUAUUUAUAUAAAAUCUAGGAGUAUAACAUGACUUCCUUUGAUUUCAAUUGGAAGAGCAACAACAAAACUCCGAAGGGUGCAAUAUUUGCCAAAAAGAGAAAGCCAUCGCAAGGUAACAGAGAAGUUACACAAAAAUCAAUUGACCUAAAUCAAAAGAUACCUAAGAAAGGUAAGAAACACAAACUUGAUUCAACUGGCAGUUCAAAUAUUUUAGAGAAAAAAUCAGAAACUACAGGUAAUGAAAGAAAACAACUCAAAAAUACUUUCCAAAAGGCAGUAAAAAAAGAUAAUCCAAUUAAGAAAGUAAAAGACUAUCAUUUAAAUGCAGAUGAGACUAACUUAUCGAUACAAGAAGUAAAUCAAUCUACAGAAAAUGAGGUUAGUAAUAACUUUUCUAAACCUUUUAGUAAACAAGGUAGUAGUAAUCAGCCUCAAACAUUUAUCAAACGCAAAUGGAAAAAAGAUAAAAUAGCAGCCAAAAAAGCAUAUGCAGAAGGAAAAACUAAUCAAAAUGAACCUAAAAAACAUUUAACACAUUCGCUAUUCGCUGUUGGACAAAAAGAUAUUUAUGUUAAGAGUAACACCAGAGCCAAAUCAGUUGUAGAAGAAGUAUUUAGUGCUGAUAAGAAAUUUAGUGAUUUAGACAUUCAUAAAUAUAUAGUUUCUAAUUUGGAAAAAAUUAAUUUCACAACUGUAACGACUGUCCAGGAAAAAUCUAUACCCAUCAUUCUUAAAGGUGAUAAUGUUUUGAUUCGAUCCCAAACAGGGUCUGGAAAGACAUUAGCAUACGCCAUUCCAAUACUGGAUGCCUUACAAAAGAUAAAUCCAAGAAUACAAAGAGGUGAUGGAGUACAGGCCAUCAUCAUUGUUCCUACUAGAGAACUAGCUUUACAGUCCCAUGAACUUUUUGGAAAAAUCAAUACAUUCCAAUGGAUAGUUACCGGGCAUCUUUGUGGUGGGGAGAAUCGAAACACCGAGAAAACAAGACUCAGAAAAGGUGUGCACAUAUUGAUAGCAACCCCUGGUAGGUUAUUAGAUCAUAUGCUGCACACAAACGCCUUUAAGAUACACAAUGUGAGGUGUCUGGUUUUGGACGAAGCUGAUAGACUAUUGGAUAUGGGAUUUAAGAGGGAUAUUGUAAGAAUAGUUGAAGAGCUCGACAAUACCAAAACGAACGCGGAAUACAACCCGAUGGCGAUCUUAAAAAAAACUCACUUUACUGACGACGACAACAACGAAACCGCCAUUACGGACUCGCGGAAAGCAACUGGCACCGAUUUAAUGCCGUUGAAAGAUCCAAAUAGCAAAACCAGACAAACUAUCUUGCUUUCAGCGACUCUGACACACGGUAUAGCAGAACUUGCCGAUUUCACGAUGAAAGAACAUACUUACGUCGACGCUUUAGAGGAAUUCGGCGAAGCCAAUCCGGACAUGAUGGUGAUACCGAAGACAGUUCAACAGAAAUUUAUAGUAACGCAUGUAAAGCAUCGUCUAUUCACUUUAUCAGCUCUUCUAAUAUCUCAAGUCAAAGCUAAUUCUAAAGUGUUCGUAUUUAUGGGUACCAGUAGCAUGGUGGAUUACCAUUACGAAUUGUUUACUAGGUUCCUGGUGAGGUUACCGAGAAAUCGAGGUAAAUUGAAACGGGAUAACGUUACGAUUUUGGAAGAUAUGGAAGACGAUAGCGAUGAUGAUGAAGAAAUCGUUGCCAAUAUGGAGUUUUUCAAGUUGCACGGCAAUAUGGACCAGAGUGCUAGGAAGAACGUUUUUACCAAGUUUAGAGCUGCUGAAAAAGGGGUGCUGAUUUGUACAGAUGUUGUGGCUAGAGGUAUUGACGUGCCGGCUGCUGACUGCAUCAUUCAAUACAACGGACCACAAAGCAUCGAAGAUUAUCUACAUCGCGUAGGUAGGACUGGCAGAGCAGGACAAUCCGGUACUUCAUAUAUGUUUUUGACACACGAGGAACAAGAUUUUGUCACCGAAAUGGAAAAACAUAGAGUAUAUUUGCAGAAACAGGAGACAGAUCAAUUUUUAGAAAAUUUAAGCGUUGUUAUGGACCAGGAAGAUCACGAAAGGGCCGCCAUUGCUUUACAGAAACGUUUCGAAAACGCUCUAGAAAAUGACAAAGAAUUACACCGAUCUGCUUGUGUAGCUUAUUGUUCUUGGUCGCGAUUCUACAACACUUACUCGAACAAAAUGCGGCCCAUUUUCGAUUUCAAAAAAGCCAACUUGGGCCACUACGUCGCCAGUUUCGCGUUGAAAGAAACGCCUACCGUGGUAGCUAAAAUUGUUAAAGGACAAUUCGUCAAAAAAGAGGCUCGCAGGUUGAAUCAGAAGCUCCAGAUACAUAUCGAUGAGGGUAAACCAAGACCGAAAAAUCCAAAUAAGAAGAAAAUCAAAUCCUUGAGUUUGACAACCUCAGAAUUUUCUAGCGGUUUGGAGCCAGUUAAGAAGAAACGAAAGAAGAAUAAAGAUUAUGAUAGUGAUAAUUAAUUUGUUGUAUAAAUAUGUGCUUGUAUCGUAAUUGCGAUAAAGUACCUAUAAAUAAAUGUUAUUUAAAUUA